UGAAACCAAACAGUAUAUUUUCAAAACAAAGGGACAAAUUAGGUUCAGUUGAAAAAAAAAGGAAGUUACAAAUAUCUUUCCAGAACUUAGACGAAAAAGGGCAAAACCAUAAUAAAUGAAAAAUACUUUCAGAGUGUCCUUCACAAAAAAAACAAUUCAAAUCUAAAUCUUUUCUGGAAGUUUAAAGUGAAUCACCAAACUUUUCUUCUGAACCAUCAUGAAGCAGUUGGACUUUGACCAACAACGCAGUGGUUAAAGUCCAAGCAGCCAGUUCAUGUGUCGGCACUGACUCCUUUAAUAAAGUCUCCACUAGCAGCAGGCUAACGUUAGCCUGCUAGCCUGAGCUCCGGUAGAGUACCUGUUCCCGCGUGGGACAGCCGCCGUCCCCCGGCGGGACGUGUCCCCGGGCCGAUCCUCCGGAGCUGUGGGCUCACAGCGGCCGGACAGAGAGCCGAGACGCGCUUCAGCGCUCCGAGAGAAGCCGCCAUCACACAGCCGUUAGCAGCCGUUAGCACAGGCUGGACUUCCGGGAGCCUUCAGAGUAAGAGCCGGGGCUGGCAGAAGAAGCUGAUUUCCAGUAAAUGGAGAGGGGAGGAGCAACACUUCCUGUCUGCUCUCAGCUCAUGAGAACAGAAGUGACGAGUCAGCUCAGACUCCAUGUUGAGCACCAGAAGAGAAGAGAAGAGAAGAGAAGAGAAGAGAAGAGAAGAGAAGAGAAGAGAAGAGAAGAGAAGAGAAGAGGGAAGAGGACAAGUUGAAGCUGAGGCGACUGACUUCAGAUCAGAAGAUGAGUGGUUGUGUGGAGGAAGAGGAGGACGGAGCAGAGUCUGUAGUAUCCGGCUGUCUGUCUCUGAAGAGUGACUGCUCCAAAGAUUAUCCUCUAAACUUCAGUAAUGAACCUGGACCCUCAGACACAAAAUUUCAGUCCAGACAGAGAGCAGAGUCUGUAGUUUCUGGCUGUCAGUCUAUGAAGAGUGACCAGUCCAAAGAUUGGACUCCAUUCUUUAGUACUGAACCUGGACCCUCAGACACAAAAUUUCAGUCCAGACAGAGAGCAGAGUCUGUAGUUUCUGGCUGUCAGUCUAUGAAGAGUGAUUGGUCCAAAGGUUUACCUCUAUGGUUCAGUCCUGAACCUGGACCCUCAGACACAAAGAAGAGGAGUGAUGAGGAGGAGCAGCCGUCCUGCUGUGCUUCCUGUCAGGACGUCCUGAAGGAUCCCGUCUCUACCAGCUGUGGACACUGGUUCUGCAGACGGUGCAUCAGCUCAUACUGGGACCAGUCUGCUCCACCAGGAGACUCCUCCUGUCCCCAGUGUGGACAAAGACCCAGAACCAUGCCUGUUGGUCUGCAGGAGGUUUUAGAUGAACAUAAGAUCAGUCUGUGGAGGAGAUGUGAACUUGUGACUGAAGGAAGUGAUGCAACAGGAAGUGGAACCCUCCUCAACAGGAUCUACACUCAGCUCUACAUCACAGAGGGACAGAGUGAAGAGGUUAAUACCCAACAUGAGGUGAGGCAGCUGGAGACAGCUUCCAAGAAGAAGACCGUCCACGACGCUCCAAUCAGGUGCCAGGACAUCUUUAAAGCCUUACCUGACCAACAGGGACCCAUCAGAGUGGUUCUGACGAACGGCGUCGCUGGCGUUGGAAAAACCUUCUCGGUGCAGAAGUUCAGUCUGGACUGGGCAGAGGGUUUGGAGAACCAAGAUGUCAAUGUGGUGGUUCUGCUUUCGUUCAGGGAGCUGAACUUGAUCAGAGAUGAGCAGUACAGUCUUCUGGAGCUGCUCCAUGUUUUCCAUCCAACAUUACAGAAGGUCCCAGCAGAGAAGCUCGCCGCCUCUAAACUUCUGUUCAUCUUUGACGGCCUGGAUGAAAGCAGACUUUCUCUGGAUUUCAACAACAUGGAGGUUGUGUCUGAUGUCACACAGAAGUCAUCGGUCAACGUGCUGCUGACAAACCUCAUCGAGGGGAAUCUGCUUCCCUCGGCUCUCGUCUGGAUAACUUCCCGACCCGCGGCGGCCAAUCAGAUCCCUCCUGAGUGUGUCGACAGGGUGACAGAAGUACGAGGCUUCACUGACGCCCAGAAGGAGGAGUACUUCAGGAGGAGGGUCAGUGAUGAAGAGCGCUCCAGCACAAUCAUCUCACACAUCCAGACAUCCAGGAGCCUCCACAUCAUGUGUCUGAUCCCAGUCUUCUGCUGGAUCACUGCUACAGUUCUGGACCACAUGUUGACUACAGAGAAGAGAGGAGAGCUGCCCAAGACCCUGACUGACCUGUACUCAAACUUCCUGCUGGUUCAGACCAAGAAGAAGAAGCAGAAGUAUGAUGAGGGACAUGAGACGAGUCCACAGGAGCUGACGGAGGCUGACAGAGAAGUUCUUCUGAAGCUGGGGAGGCUGGCGUUUGAACAGCUGCAGGAAGGAAACAUCAUGUUCUACCAAGAAGACCUGGAGUGGUGUGGUCUCCAUGUCACAGAGGCCUCGGUGUACUCAGGAGUUUGUACAGAGAUCUUCAGAAGAGAGAGUGUGAUCUUCCAGAAAACAGUCUACUGCUUCGUUCAUCUGAGCGUUCAGGAGUUUCUGGCUGCAGUCUACAUGUUCCACUGUUACACCACCAGCAACACAAAGGGACUGGAGGCUUUUCUGGGGAAAAACUGGAAAGACUGGGUGUCAUCUCUGGAUGUCUUCCUGAGGAGAUCCAUGGAGAUAUCCCUUUACAGUAAAAAUGGCCACCUGGACCUGUUUGUCCGCUUCCUUCAUGGCCUCUCUCUGGAGUCCAACCAGAGACUGUUAGGAGGCCUGCUGGGUCAGACAGACAACAGUCCAGAAGUCAUCCAGAGAGCCAUCAACAACCUGAAGGAGAUGAACACUGAUUGGAUCUCUCCUGACAGAAGCAUCAACAUCUUCCACUGUCUGACGGAGAUGAACGACCUCUCAGUCCAUCAGGAGAUCCAAGAGUUCCUGAAGUCGGAGAACAGAUCAGAGAAGAAACUCUCUGAGAUCCACUGCUCAGCUCUGGCUUACAUGCUGCAGAUGUCAGAGGAGGUUCUGGAUGAGUUGGACCUGUGGAAGUACUACACAUCAUGGGAGGGACGACGGAGACUGCUUCCAGCUGUGAGGAACUGCAGGAAAGCUCAACUUUCUGACUGUGGACUCUCUGAGACUAGCUGUGAAGUCGUGGCCUCAGCUCUGAAGUCCAACCCCUCCCAUCUGAGAGAGCUGCACCUGAGUAGAAACGACCUGAAGGACUCAGGAGUGAAGCGGCUAUGUGCUGGACUGGAGAGUCCAAACUGCAGACUGGAGACUCUGAGAUUGGUGGAGUGCGGUUUGUCAGGGAUCAGCUGUGCUUUUCUGGCCUCAGCUCUGAAGUCCAACCCCUCCCAUCUGAGAGAGCUGUGGCUGACUGGAAACAACCUGAAGGAUUCAGACGUGAAGCUGCUGUGUGAUCUGAAGGAGAGUCCACACUGCAGACUGGAGACUCUGAGGUGGUGGUGAUCUCCAGCAGAGUCCAGUCCAGCAUGGUCGCUGUGUUCCUCUGAUGUGACAGAGUAUCAUCAGAGGAGGUGGACUGCUCUGCUGCUGCUCUCUCCUUCUCUCUGCAGACACACUGAGACUCCUCCACACUCACACACCUCCUCCACCUGAACCUCCACCUGGACAGGAGGAGAAAACUGUCAAAACUAAAGUGUGAACUGAACCAAAGCUUCACUGAAGUCGACCAACUGAAACAGGAUUCU